AUGUCACGUAUUGAAUCUGAUGCUUUUGGCGAAAUCUCAGUGCCGGCUGAUAAAUAUUGGGGUGCUCAAACCCAAAGAUCUUUGGGUAAUUUCGAGAUUGGUGAUACUAAAAUGCCAAUUCCAAUUAUUAAAGCUUUCGGGACCUUGAAAAAAGCUGCAGCCAUCGUUAAUGAAAAAAUGGGUUCCUUGGACCCCAAAUUGUCAGCUGCCAUUCAAGAAGCUGCGUCAGAAGUAAUUGAAGGAAAAUUCAAUGACAAUUUCCCAUUGGUGGUUUAUCAAACUGGCUCUGGAACUCAAUCGAACAUGAAUGCCAAUGAGGUCAUCUCCAACCGUGCAAUUGAAAUCUUAGGUGGAGAAAAAGGUUCCAAAAAGCCUGUUCAUCCAAAUGACCAUUGCAAUAUGUCCCAAUCAUCUAAUGACACUUUCCCAACUGUCAUGCACAUUGCUGCUGUAAGUGAAGUUGAACAACAGUUAUUACCAAAAUUGAUUGCCUUGAGAGAUGCCUUUGAAGCCAAAUCAAAAGAAUUUAGUGACAUCAUUAAAAUCGGUAGAACUCAUUUGCAAGAUGCUACUCCAUUGACAUUAGGUCAAGAGUUUUCUGGUUACGUUCAACAAUUGACCUUUGGGAUUGAAAGGAUUAAGCUGACUUUGCCAAGAUUAUCGAAUUUAGCACAAGGUGGUACUGCUGUAGGAACAGGUUUAAACACCAAGAAGGGGUUUGAUGUUAAAAUUGCUGAGGAAAUAUCUAAUUUAACUGGGUCGCAAUACCACACUGCUCCAAACAAGUUUGAAGCAUUAGCUGCACAUGAUGCCAUUGUUGAAACUUCGGGUGCUUUGAACACUUUGGCUGUUUCAUUAUACAAAAUUGCUAAUGAUAUCAGAUACUUGGGUUCUGGUCCAAGAUGUGGUUAUGGCGAAUUAUCUUUACCCGAAAAUGAACCAGGAAGUCUGAUUAUGCCUGGAAAAGUUAAUCCAACCCAGUGUGAAGCCAUGACUAUGGUUUGUGCACAAGUAAUGGGGAACAAUACUACAAUCACCUUUUCAGGAGCUCUGGGUCAAUUUGAAUUGAAUGUAUUCAAACCAGUGAUGGCAUAUAACUUAUUAAAUUCUAUUAGAUUGUUAGGUGAUGCUUGUCAGUCAUUCAGAUUGCACUGUGUUGAAAGUAUUAAAGCCAACAAGGAAAAGAUUGAUAAGGUGUUGAAUGAAUCUUUGAUGUUAGUUACUGCUUUAAACCCGAAAAUUGGAUAUGAUAAUGCUUCAAAGGCAGCUAAGAAUGCCCAUAAAAAGGGUAUUACCCUAAAAGAAUCCUGCUUGGAGUUAGGAUUAUUAACCUCGGAAGAGUUUGACGAAUGGGUCAGACCAGAGAAGAUGAUUGGUCCAAAAGAUUAG